CAUUGAAACGCACAAGACUCGCACAAACGUGAUAUAAAUAUUAUAAGUUAAUGAUGAUCAUUAGAUAUAUUUCGAGUAUCUGACGUUUCUGUGAUGUAUUUUAUAUGUGUUUUGAGACAUUUUCGCUUUUUGAACGUAGAUAACGGCAUCAAUUCUGUAAGGAAAAUGGCGUCGUCAAAAAAUUCAAGCCCACGAAUGAGUCGUCUAGAUUUUCCAAUUCAUAGACCAUUUUUGAUCGGCGUGGCAGGUGGGACUGCAUCUGGAAAGUCAUCUGUUUGUGCUAAAAUUGUGGAGCAGCUUGGACAAGCAGAUAUUGAUCAUAAACAACGACAGGUGACAAUAAUCGGCCAGGACUCCUUUUACAAAAAUUUAACAGAGGAAGAGGCAAAGAAGGCCGAUAAAGGAGAGUUCAACUUUGACCAUCCAGAUGCUUUUGACUUUGAGUUGACGAUGAAGACAAUGAAGGCUAUUGCGAGUAAUAAAACUGUUGAAGUACCCUCAUACAACUAUAUUACUAAUAAAAGGGCAGAUACUACACAUCGGAUUUACCCUGCAGACGUGAUACUGUUUGAGGGAAUUCUCGUAUUUUACCCCAAAGAACUGCGAGACAUGUUCCAUAUGAAAUUGUUUGUCGAUACAGACCCAGAUACCCGGCUUUCUAGAAGAGUAUUACGAGAUAUUCAGGAAAGGGGACGUACAUUGGAAAAUAUAAUUCAUCAAUACACAACACUAGUGAAACCUGCAUUUGAAGAGUUCUGUCUUCCUACAAAGAAAUAUGCAGAUGUGAUUAUUCCCAGAGGAGCAGAUAACACAGUUGCAAUUGAUCUGAUCGUUCAGCACAUCCAGGAACUGAUGCGACCACCCAGUGUAUCGAAGAGGUCUCGUCACAAUUCUGAUUCGUUCGUCGGCAGGCCGCACUGAUUGGUCCAGUUCAUCAGAUAUAGAAGCUCAUACAUUAGAUACCUGAAGGAAAACCAAUUAGUCUAGCAUCAAUAACAUGAAGGAAAAACCACAAAGUUACUACCAACUUGAUUACAUAAGGGAAAUCUCCACUAAGUUGCCACCAGCCUGAAAAUUCAACAGAUACAUAACCGGAAAUCCACUAGUCAACCAGUCCAUGAAGGAGAAGCCAUUAGGUUACCACCAGCCUGAUUACAUGAAGGUAAACCCUUCAGUUAACACCAGCCUGAUUACAUGAAGAAAAACCCUUCAGGUUAACACCAGCCUGAUUACAUGUAGGAAAACCCUUCAGGUUAACACCAGCCUGAUUACAUGGAGGAAAACCCUUCAGGUUAACACCAGCCUGAUUACAUGGAAGAAAACCCUUCAGGUUACCACCAGCCUGAUUACAUGGAGGAAAACCCUUCAGGUUACCACCAGCCUGAUUACAUGGAGAAAAACCCUUCAAGUUAACACCAGCCUGAUUACAUGAAGGAAAACCCUUCAGGUUAACACCAGCCUGAUUACAUGGAGAAAACCCUUCAGGUUAACACCAGCCUGAUUACAUGAAGGAAAACCCUUCAGGUUAACACCAGCCUGAUUACAUGAAGGAAAACCCUUCAGGUUAACACCAGCCUGAUUACAUGGAGAAAACCCUUCAGGUUAACACCAGCCUGAUUACAUGGAGAAAAACCCUUCAGGGUAACACCAGCCUGAUUACAUGAAGGAAAACCCCACCAGCCUGAUUACAUGAAGGAAAACCCAAUGUUAUGUUCCCACCAUCCAGGAAAACCAGCUUGAUUAAAUGAAGUUGGAUAUCAGUAUGCAGAACUAUUAUUCAAAAUCAAAACUGCUAUCUUCAGUAUUGCAUCUUAAUUAUCAACAUUGACAUGUGUAAAUAUCGCUGAACAAUAUGUAUAUAAAAUAUUGCAAAAACCUUGUAUGCAGAUUUAAGUUGAUUUUACUCAAGACUGAGCCAAUAUAUUGUUAUUUUCAAUGUUAAGUUUAUGAUGUUAACUCCACCCGGUUGAAAGAAAAAGAUUAAUUUGUAUGUAAUGUGUGGUCAUAGGAACUGUAUGUAGGCCUAAUAUAUAAAAGGUGAGGUUAUAAAACGUACGUAUGUAAUAAAUAGGGUAAUGUAAACUAUAGAGUCCUCACACUGGAACACAUUGUGCUUUGGCCAGUUUUUGGAUAUGUAGAGUAUUUCUUUGAAAAUUAUUAAAAUGUGGUUAAUUUAAGGAAUAUUUUAUUAGCCAAGAUAUAUCUUGUAGCCAAUUUGUAUAAAAAUUAGCAAGUGGCAAAUUUAGCAAUGUAAAGAGUGAUCCAUGCUAUACAUGAGGUAAAUAAAACUGCAUGUAUAUAGUAAAUUGAGGCAUAUUAUUGGAAGUGAAAUGAACAAAGUAUUGAUGGUUUACAGAGACGGAUCUAGGGAGGGCCCAGACCCCCCUCCCCCCCUAAAUUUUUGCGAUAGUUAUAAUUUUAUUAUAUAUUAAUGUUUUUUACAAACCUCCCCCAAAGUUCCCUUGGCAUUCCACCUCAUGUCACUGCCCCCCCCCCCCCCAAAUGGAUUUUCUGGAUCUGCCACUGGUUUAAAAUGGUGAGAAUGCAGUAUGCAGCCAUUCAUCAGUUAUCGUAGUAAUGCAAAUUAAUUUAAAAAAAAUUAUCCCUCAUCCUACCCUUGUAAUAUUUUGUAACAUUGAGACCAAUCCCCUCUCUAAAUUUACACAACAUUCGUCAGUGCCCCCACUCCCACGAUUUCCCUGUUUGAUAUAAUUUGAUCAAUAUCAUUGCAUUUACUGUUUGUAUUUAUUCUUGUUUGUUUUGGUAAUUAUAGAAAGUCAUCUGUUAAAAACAAAAUAGCAAUGAUUGGCUGCAUGUUACUUUAUGAAUAAAACCGAAAAUGGUAUAAUUCUUGAUAAAUACCCCUUCCCCCCAGAGAGUUACAUAAUUAUUGAAUGGGCCAGAUGCACCUGCAGUUACUAUUUGGUGUUAUUUUGGAAGUCCGAUCCUUGUUCUGAUUUAUGAACGUAGAGACAUUCACUGAACUGUUUUGUUAGAAUUUAUGAAACCUUUUUUUGUCAAACACGGUAGAGAAUGUAUUGUAAAUAUAGUAUUUUUGGGGCGUAGCCAGAGAGGAAAAAACGCUGAGGCAAACCCAGAGCUGUAAAAUAAAUAGUGACAUGGGAAAAAUAAAAUAAAUCUGGGGAAAUUCCAGAUGAGGCAAGCAUCUUGUCUUCCUCGUGCUGGACCAGCCUCGGUGGCGUCGUGGCAGGCCUUUGGUCUACAGGCUGGUAGGUACUGGGUUCGGAUCCCAGUCGAGGCAUGGGAUUUUUAAUCCAGAUACCGACUCCCAAUCCCUGAGUGAGUGCU